GAUGAUGAUAAAGAUAGUUUUGGUCUUUAUGAUGAUGAUGUUGAUUAUACUGAUACAGGUGGUGAUGAACAAUUACAAACAUCGACUAAUCAAAAUUCAAUUCGUCGUGCAACAUCAUCAGCUAAAUGGCUAACAAAAAUAUUUGCUGAUGAUUGUGUACAAAAAUUAAUAAAUUUUUAUGAACAAACACCAUCAUCAAAUCUUUAUUUUGAUUAUAUAGCUACUAAAGAAUGUCUUCAAACAUAUCAAAAUGAAGAUUAUCUUGUUAUACAUUUAAAUACUUUAAUUACAUUUUUCAUUCAUGUCAUGUACAUCAACAAGUACCCAGGCAGGGACAAGAAUGGUAAAAUGGUAUUAAAAUGCCUUCAAAUCGUAAUAAAAAUAAUGGUGUAAAACUGUCACAAAAAAUGCCGAUAAAUGCUGUUCAUAUGAUGCAUUAAAAUGAUUACUUUGGAAGAAGUGAAAAUGAUUAGUUAAUAUACCAAAAUAAUGCUAACAGUAGAAGUCAUUUUUUAACAUCAUUUCUGACCUUUUGUCUUGAUAAGUAUCAAUUAAAUACUUUUCGAUAAAUUUAUUUAAAUUUUAAUUAUUUAUUACAAUUUAAGUGAUGUCUCUUUCGUGUUCGAAGAUGUUCUUUUCAAUGUUUGAUUAAAAUUGUAUAAAUAGAGUGGUCGUAGAAACAGGAACAGAACAAAAUGAAUGAAAAAUAGAACAGAUUAUAUAUUUCUUUCAGCCUAAUUUAACAGUGAUGCGAAAAAAAGAUUGCGCCUGCCUAGUCAUUACACUUAUCGUCUUGCUUUUCGCAUCACUAUUAAAUUAGACUGAAAGAAAUAUGCAGUCUGUUCUAUCUUUCAUUCAUUUUGUUCUGUUCCUGUUCCUACGACCACUCUAUUUAUACAAUUUUAAUCAAACAUUGAAAAGAACAUCUUCGAACACGAAAGAGACAUCACUUAAAUUGUAAUAAAUAAUUAAAAUUUAAAUAAAUUUAUCGAGAAGUAUUUGAGAAUCACAAAUAUAUUAUUUCGGACUUUUUUCUUCUAAUGAUCUUUAUUACUGUGUCUCAAUAAGAAUUUCAAUGUUCGCACAAAAAAAUCACUUCAGUCGUUGCUAUAAUGACAAAAUAGUACUGUGAUUUUCUGUUUAUUUCAACAAUGGAAGUAUAGUGUGGCGAGUGUAUGAAAGCAAAGUAGAGCAAAAACUCUGGGAAGUUAUUUAAAAUCAAUAAUAUAAACUGAUUAAAACAAAUAACACAACUAUUUUUCUUAGUUCAUGGAACAAUGUUAAGAAUUAGAUUAUACGUUUAUAGUAUGCAUCGAUACUUAAUUUAUACUAAUAUGUCAGUCAUAAUACAAGAUCUGACUCUCAAUGUUAUACCUAUUUAAAAAAGAGAUUGAAUGUUGUUUGUCUUGAUUAGGAAAAUAUUUAACAUUAUGGACAGAGAUAGAUUACCUCAACACAUUUAUUUCCGAAGAAACAUGUUGAAUGGACGAUAGAUUCAGAAAAGUCUCGACUAUAAAAAAUGAGUAAAUGCUGUUCUUAGUAUUAUUUAAAUUCGUCAAAAGUGUUUUUACUCAUGUCAGAUGCACAGGACGACAUGUUACAGCGAACACGUCAAUCUUUAAAAUGAAUUGAACUUAUCUUCUCCUCUUCCUCUUAUAGCUGUAUCAUUGUUCUUUAUUCUGAGACAAAGACUAUCAUCAAUCAAUAAGAAGUAGCCAAUCAGAUAUAUUUGAAUAUAAAGAACAGAACGUUAAGAAAAUGAAUAAAUAGUGUUAAACAGAUCGCACGUAUAUGAUAUUAUUAGAUAUUUUUAUAAUUAAACACGUAAAUGAAAUAAUUAAUUCCAAUUACCUUAGGACAAAAUUUGUUCAGCAUUGGAACUGUAUGUGUUUUUUUAUUUAUAAAAACCAAUGAGAUAGACUAUAAAUUUCGAUUUUUCAGUUAAACUGCAUUGGUCUCGUUUAACUACUAUUCUUAAGCGAGUGUCAGAUGAAACAUUACGACAGCUUAGUAAAAAAGAAAUUGCAGUUGAUCCAAAGUGUUAUUUUGAUCUAACCAAUAAAAAUAGCUUUCUUUACAUUAAACUAGCGGUGAACAUAUACAUAUAAUAAUUAUUCAUUUUGUCUAAAUACGUCCAUGGCGUAGCUAGUAAACAUACAUAAUGUUUCUCUCUCUUAAUCUCUUACUCUUAGGUACUGAUCUUCCAUAAAAAACAAUAUGAAUGUUGAUUCAACCAAAUUAAUACUUGAUAUAUCUGCAUAUGUAGCGAAAACUCACUAAUGCAUAGUCAAUUUCGCUAUUCUUCUUACAUUUUCAGGCAUGUGCUUGACGAUUCGUCUCUUCACAUUUUGUGAAACACAAUCCAACAGGAGUAUUGAAGUGUAUAGAGGCAGAAAUUUGAACUCUCUUGCACAGACAUGACAGAUCGCGACAGACGCCUUAACUAAGGACCAUCAAAGAUUGCGAGAGACAGAAUUGGUAGAACAUCAUAGACCGUGACAAAAAUCUGAAUUCCCACUUUUCAGAGACAACAGCUCCGUCGUGUUUCACAUUUUAAUCCCAAAGAGAUUACGCUAACAUCUUUUAUUAGAUCAUUGAUUAACUCUAUAAAGAUGGAU